GCCGUCCUGCCAAGUCCUCUUCAACAACUAAUAAUACUUCUAAAUCAUCUUCUUCAACAACUAAUAAUACUUCUAAAUCAUCUUCCUCAACAACUAAUAAUGCUUCUAAAUUAUCCUCUUCAACAACUCAUAAUACUUCUAAAUCAUCCUCUUCAACAACUAAUAAUAUUUCUAAAUCAUUUUCGGCUAAUGAUUUAUCUUCAAAAAAAAAAGAAAGAAGACCUAUUUGA